UAUUAAAGGAUAGAUGAUGUUUUCGAAAAGGAUUGAAUAAAAGGAUAAGAAUGAGAACUUUAUUAUUGCUCCUUGUCCUGGUUGGAUCCGGUCACCCGCAGGACGGGAUUGAGAUAAAGAAGAGAUCUGAUUAUAUAACCGUUAAAAGAGAUCCUAACGCUGGCAACCAUGAGAUAUAUACCAGUAUGCAGGAAAUGGAACAAUUCUUCCUGGAGGAACUGGAAUACGUGGAAGAUAUCAGAGCUAUCUAUGAUAAGAAGUUGAUUUCUCCAGAAGGGAAAGAUAAGAUCGCUGCGUAUAUUCAGAGCUUCGAAGAUUUAAUUGGAGAACAGGAGGAAGAUGUAUCUAUUGUAAGAAACCCAUUGAACGCAUACAACCUUCUCCGGCAUGUUGCUAUAGGUUGGGCAGUAGUUGAAGAAGCCGUGGAGGAGGAGAAGAAUAAAAGAGGAGGAACCCUGGGAAAACGUUUACAGAAGGUUCUAAGUAGAAGAGAUAAAUCUCAUGUUCCUGAUGAGACUGAUGUAGAUGGAGUAGCCAGAGGAAUUGUCAGACUGCACGACUACUACAGAUUCAACCUCACGGAGUUUGUGAAUGAAGGUUCUUUUGUCCUGGACGGAGUUCGUCAUGAAACUUCAGGAGAUCUCACAGUUUGGGAUGCUUUCAAGAUAGGAGUAAAGGGAACAAAUGGAUUGAUCCUGGGUUCUGGGAUAAAUAUUCUCGAGGAGGCACUAGCUAAGGCUAACGUGGACGGAGUAACUACUCCGGUGUUUGUGGAAAAGCUGGAUAUUCAGGUGUUAAAGAACCUGAUAAAGACAGCCAAGACAGUUCAUGAUCAGAAACUAGAUGUUUGGGGGGAUAGAACAGAUGUACACAGUACCAAUUCUCACCCAUACAGCAAGAAACUCCGGAAGAAGAAGAAGUUUCAAAAGAAAAUAGAUCAGCGAGAGAAAAAUAUAGAACUCGGAAACCCUUUUAUAUCUUCAGAUCAGGAGAUGUAUCAAUACAUGAUGAUGUGUAGAGGGGUUGAGCUCCGGUCUGUAAAUGUAACCAGUAAACUGUAUUGUAAGUACUCUACUGGAUACAACCCAACCUAUAAGAUAGGUCCGCUCAAGGUAGAAAUAGUAUCAUUGAGCCCCUAUAUUGUUAUCAUUCAUGAUUUUAUCCAUGAUGCUGAGAUCAAGGACAUUAUUAAAACUGCAACUCCUUUACUCCGAAGAUCUGAAAUGGUGGGAACUGGGAUCAAUGGAUCUAUCAAUGAUAACCGAGUGAGUGAAACUGCUUGGUUGAAUGAAACUAAUUCUCUUUCUCUGGGUAUAAUGACGGACAGAAUCUCUGGAUUUCUGAACCUGAAUGGUACAUCUGCAGUUAGCUCUGAGUUGUACCAAGUUGUAAACUACGGUCUGGCGGGACAGUACAUUCAUCAUUUUGACGCGGUUUUGAUGGAUAAAUCAAGUAUACAGAACCGGGACGUUUUCAACAUGGCAGUUGGAGACAGGAUGGUAACUAUCAUGGGAUACCUCUCAGAUGUUGAAUCAGGUGGGUACACAGUGUUUCCCGCUGUCGGAGCUAUCGUGAAACCUCGACGCGGCAGUGUUGUGCUCUGGUGGAAUAUGGAUAAAUCCGGGGGAUAUGAUCAGCUGGUUAAACAUGGCGGCUGUCCUGUUAUGAUCGGAUCCAAGUGGAUUACUAACAAAUGGAUUCGAUCUAAUGAGCAAAUGUUCAGAAAGCCUUGUCCAGUGUACACCAGGAAGCAGGUACGAGACUUUAGGAAUAAUCCUAAACAAAAAUUGCAGAAAGGUGAAUUCUUCUCCGAGCCUUAAUAAGGAACCAGAAGAAAUAAAGAGGAGAAAAAAAAACAAUAAAGACAAGGAGUAGAAAAGUGAAUAAAGAGAAAUAUAAAUAAUAUAAUGAUGAAAACAAUGAAGAUUAAGAUUUAGAGAAGAUUGUUUCCAUUAUUCAAUUAAAAAGUUUUGAUAGUGACAGAUUAGUUUGCAUUAUCUUUCCUUUCCAGAGCUAUUGACCUACUCUAAAUUCUCUUCAUUAAAAUAUAUACUUUAAGAACCAGAAACAACUUGAGCAAAAUGUACCUGAAUAUUGGUUUAAAGUCGUCUCCCUUUUCCACAGAUAACUGGGUUUUAAAUAUAUAAAUGGUGAUGAAGAGAUUGUUGCGGUGAUUUUUUUGCUUAAUUAAUUCUGGCAAUUUUUCAUACUUCAAAAGUAAACGCCACCAUAAUUUGCGAAACAGUAUCAUGACGCUUGCGAAAGCACAAAACAAGUUUUAGACAACUACGACACAAGAAAUUCUUAAAAAACCUGUUGAGGAAUUCUUCAUCUGAUCUGUCUGUUUGUAUCCAAAAAACGUCCAAACGGCUGAACUGAUCGGACCAAAAUUUUGUGUGGGACCUCGCACGA